UGUAUUUAGGAUUUCAUUGUACACCUCAUUAAGCUAGUAUGCCUCCGUUCAAUGUUCAGCAGAAUAUGAUGUAACAUAUACCGGCUGUCUGUCGGAACUACGUGUCAACAGGUAAGUCAUUUAGGGAACGUUCUUCAGUUGAAUUUGUUUUGUUAAGUUGCUCGAGGUUCAGCGGCGCAUUGUCAUCCCGUUAAUUGUUAAAGUACAGUUAAUAAUGAAUCCAGCUCGCCGAUGUUCAGCUCUCCUGAGCCAAAUGUGUAUUUCAUCGCUGGAGGGAAGUACAACCAGAAGAGCACUUUCACCGGUUCCUUCUGCUAUACCGCCGGUGGAAAUACGGUGCCAUUAUCACGGUUGGGAGAAUAUAGGUCGAUCUCUGAAGUCAGGUGGAGCAUCCACAAGGGGAACAGUGUCAGUUAGUCCAAUGGGGAGCAACGGCAGCAGGCUGUAUAGUGCAGUGGCCCAGACACUUAACAGCAACACCUUGGACCAAACAGAUGAGAAUCUGGACCACAAAAAUCUGACUGAACUUGACCCGGACCAGCUGCUCAGAGAAUGUGAGGAGGCCCUGAGAAGGCGUCCAGCCAGGCCCCACAGAGAUCUGAUCUAUCCUCAGGAUGCUCCACCCUGCCGCCACAAGCUUGGGCCGUCCAUACGGAUAAUGCAGUGGAACAUACUUGCUCAAGCACUUGGUGAAGGGAAGGAUGGAUUUAUUCGUUGUCCUCUUGAGGCUCUCAAUUGGAGUGAAAGAAAGUACUUAAUCUUGGAGGAGAUCCUCACCCACCGCCCCGACAUUGUUUGCCUUCAGGAAGUUGACCAUUACCAUGACACUUUCCAGCCAAUAAUGGCCAGCCUAGGUUAUCAUGGUAGCUUCUUGGCAAAACCCUGGUCUCCUUGUUUGGACGUGGAGCAAAACAACGGUCCUGAUGGUUGCGCAUUGUUUUAUAGCCGCUCGCGCUUCUCCCUACAGACUACGCUUCAUUUGCGGCUGUCAGCAAUGAUGUUACCCACCAACCAGGUGGCCAUUGUGCAGAUACUCAACUGCCAGCUAACAAGCAAACAACUUUGUGUGGCUGUCACACAUCUGAAAGCGCGAAGUGGCUGGGAGAGGGUGAGGAGCGCACAAGGUGCUAAUUUGCUCCAGAGCCUCCGAAGCAUAACUUCCAGGAGUAGGGGCAGCAAUGUGCGGUCAUCAGGGACAAAUCCUCUUGUGGUAUGUGGAGAUUUUAAUGCAGAGCCUUCAGAGGAUGUUUACCGCCGCUUUAGAUCCUCUCCACUUGGCUUGGACUCCGCUUACAAGCUGUUGAGCGCUGACCGACAGACGGAGCCACCGUACACAACCUGGAAGAUCCGCCCGACCGGAGAGAGCUGUAGCACGCUUGACUAUAUAUGGUAUACACACGAUUCCUUGAGUGUGGACUGUCUGCUUGAUAUUCCUACUGAAGAGCAGAUAGGUCCAGACCGCUUGCCCUCGUUUCACUACCCGUCAGACCAUUUAUCGCUGCUUUGUGACAUCAGCUUCAAGGAGGCACCUUAAUGCAGCCUUAUUCACGGAACUAUUGAAAGUUGAAUAACGAUGAACGCCUCUGAACAAAGAUUUAUGCUUGAGUAAGUGAGGAGAAUCUACUUAUUUUUGUCUAGUUUUUGUAAAGAACUGGUUAGGUUUGCACAUUGAAAAUGGGAUACACAAGUGAUAGUCAAAAUAGGCAUCCUUCACUGCUCUUGCACAUAUAAAUACAAUUUCAACUUCAAAUUCGGUGAUUUUAUGAUUGUGUAAUUUUAUUAGGUCUUGAAGUAGAGUGAAAUGUUUAGUGUAGAUGUGAUGUGCAAUAAGACUGCAAAAUAUCAUUCUCAAUAAGCAUUACCAAAGUUAUGAUGUGGUUGUAAAGUAGUUGGAGAUAUCACCACUUUAUUUUUCAAUACCGUAAUUGAUUUGUGAGAAUUCUUGAAAUAAAUUGCAUUUCAGUA